GGUCACUAAGGUAGUAUAUAUCUCCUAGAAAUUCCAAGCCAGCCACAUUCGCUUUGUUCUCCUCUCUCACAAUGGCCAAGCUUUUCGUGCUCACGGCAACCUUAUUGGCAGUGGCCCACGCCCAAGUGGGUUACAAUGUGCCCGCUCCCAGUGGGCCCGGAUACUCAUACGGCGCCCCAGACCUCCAGGCGGCCGCCUCCAGCUUCGACGUCGCCGCAGCCGAGGACCCCAUCGCCGCCCUGGCCGCCAACAUCCCCGGCGGAGGCGUCCCUGGCGAGGACUACCCCAUCCUGGCCUCCGUCCCCGACACCGGCUUCUCGUGCGAGGACCAGCAAUUCCCAGGCUACUAUGCUGACACCGCCCCGGAGGCCGGCUGCCAAGUGUUCCACAUCUGCCAGUUCGACGGCCGCCACGACGCCUUCCUGUGCCCCAACGGCACCAUCUUCAACCAGCAGUACUUCGUGUGCGACUGGUGGUUCAACGUGGACUGCGCCGCGUCCGAGCAGUUCGUCGGCCUCAACGCCGACAUCGGGAAGGUCCCCGACAACGCGGCCGCCGCCUCCGACGCCUCCCUCGCCACCUCCUACGGCGCUCUCAGGCUCAGGCCUCGGCUCAGGUCCCUGUGCAGGCUCCCAACCAGUUCUACGGCGCUCCCAAUGGCUUCUAGGGCAUCCUAUUCUUCGAUAUCUCGAUUGUGUAGAUUAUAUUUAUAUUUAUAGUUCAAAAUAUACAACUGAAAAUAUU